UGAAUACUGGGCAGACAGACAGAGCAGUGUGCAGAGAAGUUGGGGUUUUAAGGUGCAAGUCAGUGGUGCAGUUUGCUCAUUUACACCAGUCUCAUCAUCACUAACUAUCCUAAACAACGAGGAAUCCACAUUUAGACGCUUUGUUUGGCUCUAGGUGCGUUGACGCGUGCAUCGACCUGUUGGUCCUAUCUGGCUCGAAACUCUCAAUUCUUUGGAUAAACUCGCGCAAACUUUCUUUGCAAAACGCCGCCGCUAAGAAGGCAAUGUAGAGAAAGAGGUGUGGGGAGAGCUGCCUCGCUGAGAGGGUGAUGUGACCCUGCGUAAACUCCAAUGACCAGCUCGCGCUCCCUCUCAAACACACGUGAAACAGCAGCAGCAGCGUGUCCGUGUCCAGGGCUGGAGCCAGCAUGACUCUGUCCGGCGGUUUGUCGGAUACUUGUCAGCUCAUUUUACGCAACCACACGGAGCCGGAGAUGUGGAAGUAGGCUUCUUCAUCCAUGCUUUCUGGGGAAUAGUUGCUGCAACCCUUCGGGAAGUGAAAACAAGCUACCUUGCACACUGUGGAGAGAGUUACGAUGCGGGGCACUUUGGGCGCAUUCAUUCAGUCCUGUGCGCUACUGCUGGUCCGAGCAGACCAGUGGAGGCUGAAGGACUCCGCCAACUGCGAGCUGAACAAGAAACAAACUGACUUAAACUCCUUCCUGUGGACGAUCAAACGGGAUCCUCCUUCAUAUUUCUAUGGUACAAUCCACGUUCCCUACACACGCGUUUGGGACUUCAUCCCCGAAAACUCCAAGCAGGCCUUCCAGGAGAGCAACAUUGUCUACUUUGAGCUGGACCUGACGGACCCUUACACAAUCUCAGCCCUGACCAGCUGCCAGCUGCUCCCUCAGGGCGAGAACCUGCAGGAUGUCCUGCCCAGAGACAUCUAUCGGAGACUUAAAAGACACCUUGAGUAUGUAAAACUCAUGAUGCCUUCAUGGAUGACCCCAGAUCAGAGAGGGAAGGGACUCUAUGCGGACUACCUCUUUAACGCCAUUGCUGGGAACUGGGAGAGGAAGCGUCCCGUGUGGGUGAUGCUGAUGGUGAAUUCGUUAACCGAGGCAGAUAUUAAGACACGAGGGGUGCCCGUGUUGGACUUGUACCUGGCUCAGGAAGCCGAGAGGAUGAGGAAGAGGACAGGGGCUGUCGAGAAGGUGGAGGAGCAGUGCCAUCCACUCAACGGGCUUAACUUCUCCCAGGUCAUCUUCGCCCUGAACCAGACGCUAUUACAGCAGGAGUCUUUACGGGCAGGAAGCCUACAGGUCCCGUACACCACUGAAGACCUCAUCAGACACUACAACUGUGGAGAUCUCAACUCUAUCAUCUUCAAUCAUGACACCUCACAGGUCCCUAACUUCAAUAAUGUGACACUGCCACCCAGCGAGCAGGAGACCGCCCAGGAAAUAGACAGCUACUUUCGACAGGAACUCAUCUACAAGAGGAACGAGAGGAUGGGGACGAGGGUCAAGGCACUUCUUGAGGAUCACCCUGACAAGAGCUUCUUCUUUGCCUUUGGAGCAGGUCACUUUCUCGGCAACAGCACAGUCAUUGAUGUCCUUCGUCGCCAGGGAUAUGAGGUGGAGCACACCCCUGCUGGGCAGCCAGUAAACAGGAGAUCAUCAUCCAGACCUGACUCGCCAGGGUCAGGAGACCAUGAUGAGGCCCCUCUUUUGGAGCCGUUCCUCCACGAGCUCCCCUACAAAGAGGACGAUCAGGGGCGUCCCCUGGAGGACGAUCUGUUACCCCACAUGCUUCUUCCAUCGGAUAGCCUGGAACUGCUGGAGAAAGCAGAGAGGAAAAUGCUGAAGAAAAAGAGGAGGAACAAGCCGAAGAAACAGCGGCACCGGCAUUUUAAUGACCUCUGGGUUCGCAUCGAGGAGAGCACUAUGGUCCAGUCUCCACCUCCCCCGCUGGUUCGCAUUAUCAACGGUUACAUCACUGUGCAGCCACCUGACAGAGUUCACAGCCACUACAACUACCAACCCACGUCUUCGGCGUCAACCACCUCCCUGUCCUUACUAUCUAUGUAUGUCUUCAUCGGCACAUUGCUUACAGUGAUCCCACAGACCUGGAUUGCAUUCCUCUAGUGGAGCAUUAGUUUGGACUGUAUAAAAACAGUCAGCCUUCAUGAGUAGAAACUCUCACAUGGGGUGGUUUCAUGUAUCAUCUCAUGUAAAGCGAGGUCUGAUCAUGUAUCCUAAGACCUAGAGGAGACUGCGAAAGUGUGGUUACUCGGAGACUGUUCACGAAAAAAAGCAUGGAGAAAGGAUGUGAAAUCAGUUCAAGCUAUCGGGUAACGGUACACUCCAUGGAUGUUAAGUAAGAUAAAGUUUGUGUUGAAUGGUAAAUAAUGUCAAUAGAACAUGUCUCUUACAAAUUGAGGCCUUGAUGAGCAUGUAAGUUUAUAUAACGUUAGGUUUCUUGGAACAUAAGGGUUUCAUAAGAUUUCAGUUAUUUUACACACACACACACACACACACACACACACACACACACACACACACACACACACACACACACACACACACAACCAGCAGGAGCAGGUACACAGAACGCAUCGGAAAGACAAAGCAACAGUUCACAAACAGGAUGUGUUAUUGAACAUCUCUCUGACAUUACACAACAUGUCAGUUGCCUUAGUGUUACAAUAGACACUCAUUCGAACAUUCAAACCUCUGUGAAUGUGAGAUCUUACUAAAGUGACUGUUCAGUGAAUGAACACAAGAACAUGGCUGAAACUAUUGCUGAAUAUCAAAUACCUUCAAUAAGUACAACUAGAACCAUAUGUUGUGUGUGUGUGUGUGUGUGUGUGUGUGUGUGUGUGUGUGUGCGCGCGCGCAUGUGUGCGUGCACAUGUGUGCAUGCGUGUGUGAAACAAGGUCUAUCAGCUCUUAAACUCCCCUGGCCUUACAAACAGAGGUUUUCUCUUCAGACUGUAAUUUAUUCUUCCAUUUUAGAAGAAUUUGUUUAAUGUUGCAUAAAUGCAAAGGGGAGGGGGGGUUGUACAUAUUGUUUCUAAAUAUUAUAGAUGUAUUUUAGAAUUAUAAAAAAAUUAAAAUUAUCAAAAGUUUUGUUGUUGUUUAUAUAAAUAUAUAAAUAGAUAUGCAGUAUAUUUUUGAAAAGAAAAUCAGGAACUAACCACCAUAGCCCAUGUCAUGUCUCUCACUAAAUUGACAUUUUGGAAGGGACAUAUGAUUGUAUUGUACCUUAUGUGUAUCAGUGUUAUCACUUGCUUUGCUGUAUGUGUCUGCUGAAAGGAUUCUCCUUACAUAUGUGUUUUUUUCACAUAGAUCAUUUGUUUAAUUUAUUUAACUUUUAUAGUUUUGCUGUAGGCCAUAUGAAACAUCCACAUUUUUUCCUCAGAUUUUUGCAGUUACUAUGAUUUCCAAAUGUGUUUUUUCAAAUGAUUUCAAGUAUGAUUUCAAAUGCGUAAGAUGGUCAUAAAAUAAUUCAGUUUUAUAUACAUAAGGAUGUAUACACAGAUAGGCCACAGUGCUUUAGGUCUUUCACAUUUCACUUAUGAUAUGAGAUGAUUGUAAUAGUAUUAUCAUGACAACAUUAAAAUAUUUAUCUUGA